CAUAAAGGAAAAAAAUAAUAAUAUGGUAACCCCACUGAACUCUUAAUGCGUGGCUGCUGCAAGAACUCAUAACAUCAAUUUGUAUUUUAUCCAUAGAUACCAAUUCUCCAAUAUUCUCAAACCAUAAAUCUGCAGCCUCUCUUGUUAUACCAUAAUUCUUUUUGUCAUCAACCCACAAGGAAUAAUGACAUUUUUGCUCCCCUCUGCCUCAGAAUAUGUCAAUUAUCUCAUUAUUAUAGGACAUGUGAGACACUACUAUGAAAAACCAGGUGCUUAAGAUCUAUAAUACACAUCUCGGGGUUUAAUCUUUUGCUCUCUCACGAUGGCUCUUAACUCUUUUUCAAGAAUUCCAAAGACUCCAAGACUUGAGUCAGGCACGCACAAUUCAGUUCCAUUCUCUUCUUCAAUCACUUUUCAUAACACCUACUUGAGACAGCAAUAUACAGGGAAAAAGCCCCAGAAUGAUCAUGCCAGACACUGGGUCUGGAGAAGUCGUCUGUGUAACAGGGUGAGGGCGAUCACAGUAGGAGCGCCCACAAGAGAAAGUGAGGGCGUAUCCAAAGGCUCAGAUGAUAAUAAUGAGGAGUAUGAUGCCAUUGUGAUUGGGUCAGGCAUUGGGGGUCUGGUAACUGCAACACAAUUGGCAGUCAGAGGUGCCAAAGUUCUGGUGCUGGAAAAAUAUGUAAUUCCUGGUGGCAGCUCUGGCUUCUAUGAGAGAGAUGGCUACAAAUUUGAUGUGGGUUCUUCUGUCAUGUUCGGAUUCAGUGAUAAGGGCUCUAUAAAUCUAAUCACAAAAGCAUUAGCAACUGUUGGUUGCAAAAUGGAGGUCAUACCCGAUCCAACAACUGUUCACUACCAUUUGCCAGGGGGUCUUUCUGUUCGUGUGCAUAGAGAGUUUGAAGAUUUUCUUGUUGAGCUUACUAGUUAUUUCCCCCAUGAAAAGGAAGGAAUUUCCCGAUUUUACAAUGAAUGUUGGAAGGUGUUCAAUUCUUUGAACUCACUGGAAUUGAAGUCAUUGGAGGAGCCAUUAUAUCUUUUUGGCCAGUUUUUUAAGAAUCCAUUGGCGUGCUUAACUCUUGCCUCUUACUUGCCACAAAAUGCUGGUGACAUAGCCCGGAAGUAUAUUAAAGAUCCAGUUUUACUCAAUUUCAUUGAUGCUGAGUGCUUCAUCGUGAGCACAGUAAAGGCUUUGCGGACACCAAUGAUAAAUGCAAGUAUGGUUCUAUGUGAUAGACAUUUUGGAGGGAUAAAUUAUCCUGUUGGUGGUGUGGGUGGAAUUGCCACAAAUCUAGCUAAAGGCCUAGUCGAUAAUGGUGGUAUGAUUCUAUAUAAGGCAAAUGUCACAAAUAUUAAACUGGAAAACGGGAAGGCUGUAGGAGUAAGGCUCUCUGAUGGCAGAGAAUUUUAUGCCAAGAAGAUCAUUUCAAAUGCAACCAGAUGGGAUACUUUUGGACGACUUUUAAGACCAGAGGAGCUUCCUAAAGAGGAACAAAGUUUUCAGAGUUUAUAUGUGAAAGCACCCUCUUUUCUUUCCAUUCACUUGGGAGUGAAAGAGAGUGUUUUGCCAGUGGGUACAGAUUGCCAUCAUUUUAUUCUAGAGGAUGACUGGGGAAAACUAGAGGAACCUUAUGGAAGCAUUUUUCUUAGUAUUCCAACUGUUUUGGAUCCGUCACUAGCUCCUAAGGGUUGCCAUAUUCUUCAUGUCUUUACUACUGCUUGGAUUGAUGAUUGGAAGGACCUCUCAUUUGCAGAUUAUAAUGCCAAGAAAGAAGCUGUGGCUGAUGAAAUUAUUAGCAGGUUGGAGAAGACACUUUUUCCAGGCCUGAAAGAAGCAAUAAAUUUUAAAGAGGUUGGUACACCUAAGACACAUAGACGUUUCCUUGCUCGUGAGGAUGGAACUUAUGGACCUAUACCUCGUCAAAGUCCAAAAGGGCUGCUUGGGAUGCCAUUUAACACAACGGCUGUAGAUGGAUUAUAUUGUGUUGGGGAUAGCUGUUUUCCUGGGCAAGGAGUUAUAGCUGUUGCUUUCUCAGGAAUAAUGUGUGCACAUCGAGUGGCUGCUGACAUUGGAUUGGAGAAAAGAUCAGAGGUCUUAGACAAAAGUCUCCAACAAAUGCUGCGGUGGUUUAGGUCAUUGGCUUAAAGAGCUUUCCCAAUGGAACUUAGACCUAAACUAAAUGUUCCAUUUAUGCCUUCUCUGCAUGAGUAGGUGGGCUGUAAUAUUUAUGGGUAGAUUUAUAUAGAAAUUUUUAUUUAUUUUUAACUGUGUAGCUGUAUUUUAUUCUCUCCUCCUCGGUAAGUGAAGCAUUUUAAGGCCAUGCUUCACUUGUUCAAUACUUUGGACAUUGCAGUUGCUUUGGGAGCUUCAUGAUGCUUUAAGCAUGAGUUUUGUUCCAAGUCAGUACAGUUCAGGUGGGCUGUGACAUUUUUGGGUAAAUUUAUAAAACAAAUAAUAUUUUUAA